AUGGCGCAAAUCUUGGCAGCUUCUCCAACAUGUCAUAUGAAGUUGAAUAAACCGAGCCCCAUUGCAUCUUCAAAGUUAUGGAGCGCGGUUGUGUUGAAACAGAAGAAACAGAGCAGCAGCAAACUAAGAAGCUUUAAAGUGAUGGCCCUCCAAUCAGAUAACAGUACAAUCAAUAGAGUUGAGAGUCUUCUCAAUUUAGACACCAAACCUUUCACUGACCGGAUCAUCGCUGAGUACAUUUGGAUUGGAGGAUCAGGAAUUGACCUUAGGAGCAAGUCAAGGACUCUUGAAAAGCCUGUGGAAGAUCCUUCUGAGCUUCCCAAGUGGAACUAUGAUGGUUCCAGUACCGGACAAGCACCUGGUGAAGAUAGUGAAGUGAUUCUAUAUCCGCAAGCUAUCUUUAGAGAUCCUUUCCGUGGAGGCAACAACAUAUUGGUUAUCUGUGAUACUUACACACCAGCUGGUGAGCCAAUUCCAACAAACAAACGUGCCAGAGCUGCUGAGAUUUUCAGUAACAAGAAGGUCAAUGAAGAGUUGCCAUGGUUUGGCAUUGAACAAGAGUACACUUUACUUCAGCCAAACGUAAACUGGCCUUUGGGUUGGCCCGUUGGAGCGUAUCCUGGUCCUCAGGGUCCUUACUACUGUGGAGUAGGAGCUGAAAAGUCUUGGGGACGUGACAUUUCAGAUGCUCAUUACAAAGCUUGUUUAUAUGCUGGAAUUAACAUCAGUGGUACUAAUGGUGAAGUUAUGCCAGGACAGUGGGAAUUCCAAGUUGGCCCGAGCGUAGGAAUCGAAGCAGGUGAUCAUGUUUGGUGUGCAAGAUACCUUCUUGAGAGAAUCACAGAACAAGCUGGUGUUGUUUUAACACUUGAUCCCAAACCGAUAGAGGGUGACUGGAAUGGUGCUGGUUGCCAUACCAAUUACAGUACAAAAAGCAUGAGAGAUGAAGGAGGAUUUGAGGUGAUCAAAAAGGCCAUCUUGAACCUCUCGCUUCGUCACAUGGAGCACAUCAGUGCAUACGGUGAAGGCAAUGAGAGAAGGUUGACCGGAAAGCACGAGACAGCUAGUAUUGACCAAUUCUCAUGGGGCGUUGCUAACCGUGGAUGCUCAAUUCGUGUGGGACGUGAUACCGAGAAGAAAGGAAAAGGUUACUUGGAAGAUCGACGUCCAGCAUCAAACAUGGACCCAUACAUUGUGACUUCUCUCUUGGCAGAGACCACACUUCUCUGGGAACCGACCCUUGAGGCUGAAGCACUUGCAGCUCAAAAGCUUUCUUUGAAGGUUUAAAUUACUUGAAGCUAUAAUAAAUUCGAUGAACUUACAUGUCUAUCUAUGUGGUCUUGUUGGGAUCAUAAUUGUUGUCUAAAAUGUUGGUUCGGAUAAGACAUUCUUUGUUUUCUCUUUUUCUUCUUUUUUCAUUUGAAUUGUUAAAAAAAAAAACUCAAAACUUCGUGAUGGGUCAUCCUUUACAUUGGUUUUUUAGGGUCUCACUGCAAGACAUGGGUCUAGUCAUCAUGUCUAAUGUGAGUAUAUAUGGCUUCAGGUCUAGGUUACAGAGAAGAUAUAAGAGACUUCAAGCAAAAGAGAACAUUGGAUCUGUGUAACUCCUAUGUUAUUAUAUUAAUGGUUAAAUCAGUUAAGUAAUUAGAUAUAUUGGUAAAGUCAGUCGACAGUUUUUCUUUUUUAAAAUAUCCUAUUGGCUGAUCUGGACGGUUCCAGUAUGAAUGAGUUUUAGUGCUUUAGUGUUAACUUUUUUCAAAGGGUCAUCACAUUAUUUGAUCCGAAAUAAUGACAAGGAUAAGCUGGAUUGCUUGUUACCACAUAAACUGAUUGAACGAAACUUA